GUCAUCAUGAUUGUGACUUUCCAACAGUCUCCGACACAGAAUAAAGACUAGAAGCUGUGUUAAGGCUCACCGACUGCCGGGUCAUUUGCAGUCACCUGAUCACCAAACAUCCCUAUAAAAGGAAUGUAAGGCACACCACAUCAUUGUUUAACAGCGAGGCAGGUUGGCAGAACAACGCAAGUCAUCAUGGCUGCUGCGGGACCCACGGCUGUUCUGAGUUCUGGCAAGACAAUGCCACUUUUGGGCCUAGGGACAUGGCAGUCCAAGCCCGAAGAGGUGUUCAAUGCCGUCAAAGUUGCAAUAGACGCCGGCUACCGUCACAUCGACACCGCCUGGGCGUACAGAAACGAGAAGGAGGUGGGACAGGCCAUCAAGGAGAAAAUCGCAGAGGGAAAGAUCAAGCGGGAGGACGUCUUCGUCACCACUAAGCUGUUCACCAGCUUCAGCCGGCCGGAGCAUGUUCGCGAAUGCAUGAUGCAGAGCCUGUCCGAUCUGGGGCUAGACUACGUGGACCUGUACCUGAUACACAGCCCAUUGUGUUUCAAGUACGGAACCAACCCCUUCCAACACGCCGGUAAACUGGAGGAGAUUUUUGAUGACGUGGAUUAUGUUGAAACAUGGAAGGCCAUGGAGUCUCUGGCUGAUGAAGGUUUGGCCAAGUCUAUCGGCGUGUCGAACUUCAACAGCCAGCAGCUGGAGAGGCUGCUGCAGAACUGCCGCAUCAAGCCGGCGGUCAACCAGGUGGAGCUCCAUCCAUACCUGGCCCAGCAGGAGCUUGUAGACUUCUGCAAGCGGAAUAACAUUCUUAUAACGGCGUACAGUUCACUAGGCGCGCCUGGUCGUCCCAAGUCUUUUCAGUCUGGAGAAGAAGAACCAGUCUUAAUGGAGGAUCCGAGUGUUCUUGCAAUCGCCAACAAGUACGGCAAGUCUGCUGCGCAGGUCCUGCUCCGCUAUCAUCUGGACCGAGGAGUUUCAGCCAUAGCGAAGAGCGUGACACCCAGCAGGAUCCAGGCCAACAUUGACAUCAUGGACUUCAGUCUUUCAAAGGAAGAUCUGGUGUCACUAGGCCAGCUGGACCGGAAGUUGCGCUACGUUGGAGCCAACCUAAUCAAGAUGGCUGCUACGGUACCACUUGCUGCUCUUAGCUCAGGCCACAAAAUGCCACUAUUGGGCCUGGGAACAUCAGAGUCAACGUCCGAACAAGGGAUCAAUGCCGUGAAGACUGCCAUAGACGCCGGCUACCGUCACAUCGACACCGCCUGGAUGUACAAGAACGAGAAGGAGGUGGGACAGGCCAUCAAGGAGAAAAUCGCAGAGGGAAAGAUCAAGAGAGAAGAUGUCUUCGUCACAACUAAGUUAUUCAUCACCUUCAAUCGACCAGAACAUGUUCGCGAGGCGAUGAUGCAAAGUCUGGGAAACCUGGGACUAGACUACGUGGACCUGUACCUGAUACACAGCCCGAUGGCGUUUAAAUACGGAUCCAACGUUUUUCAACCCACCAGUAAUCCGGAAGACAUCUUUGAUGACGUGGAUUAUGUAGAUACGUGGAAGGCCAUGGAGUCCCUGGCUGAUGAAGGUUUGGCCAAGUCUAUCGGCGUGUCGAACUUUAACAUCCAGCAGCUGGAGAGGCUGCUGCAGAACUGCCGCAUCAAGCCGGCGGUCAACCAGGUGGAGCUGCACCCUUACCUGGCAGAGCAGGAUCUUCUGGACUUCUGCAAAGGCAAUGGAGUACUCCUGACGGCCUACAGUCCACUGGGCGCGCCUGCUCGUUACGGGAAAAGAGAGGCCGACCCAGUUUUGAUGGAGGAUCCGAGUGUGGUGGCUAUCGCCACGAAGUAUGGCAAGUCAGCUGCACAGGUUCUGAUCCGCUAUCAUCUGGACCGAGGAGUUUCAGUCAUACCGAAGAGCGUGACACCCAGCAGGAUCCAGGCCAACUUCGACAUCAUGGACUUCAGCCUGUCACAGGAAGACUUGGCGAUACUCGGAGGGCUUGACCGGAAUUUGCGCUACCUUGGAGGCCACCACUUCACCACUCACAAGUACUUCCCGUACUGAGACUGAAACAAGGAGGUCUCGAUGACACAAAAUCAGUUAGAUACCUGCGUUGUUGUUGGGGAAAUAUCUGAGGAAUCGUCGAAAGAGAGUUCUGGUUUGCACGAAUUUUGAUGCACGAAUUAUCUCAAUAAUGCUUGACUGUGACCAUGACUGUAUUGACCAGAUGUGCCUCUUCUCUUUGUAUGUUGGUCAUAGCAGUUCUAUUCAUCCCUUUAGCUAAAGUGGAAAGUGCGACAACAUAUGGGGAAUCUGGAAUAAUGUUUCUAUUGAUUUUAGAAAAUCGUGAAAG